AUGGCCAAUGAAGGCGCUGGUGGUGGCCAGUCAACAGCACCUCAACAACUCGCAAGUGACAGAGAAAAAUAUGACCUUGUCGUCUCCUCUCUCGACACUGCAGCUAUCUCAAACCUGAUAGACAUCUUGUCCAGCCCGCUAGACACGGACCUCUUCGGGAACCUUAAGAAGGCCAAUCUCAACCACAUGGCCCUAUCACAGGACAAACAGCUUGACCUCCUCUUCAACAAGCUGGAGCUUGGUGACAAAACGCCCUUGCAGCUCUUGCGGUACAUGCGCACCUCUGUCCACAACCAAAUUAGCGACGAGUUGCUAAAAGUAAAGUGGCUUAAACUUAUGGCCCCUCACGUUGCCAGGAUUCUAAAGGUCCUCAAAACAUCAACUCUUGUGGAACUCAGCGCAGCGGCAGAUGAACUGGUCAAAUUUCAUUCCAGCGUCUUCUCUCUCACGCAGAAAGUCAUCUCAGCCCCAACGGCCACACCACCGACAGCUAACGCCACCUUGGCACAAUCCAUCACAGCCCUCUCUCUCCAGGUCAGCCAACUGAGUACGGCAGUCCUCAAUCGCAGCAAUGACAGUAGCCAUCAGCCUCGGCAACGUCAACACUCCGAGUCUCGGUCGAGACCCAAGGCUGACCAGGCGCAAGCCGCCAAUGACGUAGACUUUUGCUGGUAUCACGUAAGGUUUGGUGUCAAAGCCAGAAACUGUGAGAUACUCUGUACCCUCACUCUACUGAAUAAUCUGCUUAAGGGCCUCCCAAAGCAGCAAAAAAAGUCAUCCUUAAGUGGACACUCGAAGCCUAAGCUGCCUUCGCGAGCGCUGAAACCGCACUCGCCAACGCAGCCACCAUGGCUUUUCUCCGUCCCGAUGCUGCAUUGGCCACCAGAACCGACGCAUCCAGCACAGCCGUCGAAGCAGCGCUCAAGCAAGAGCAUCCAAGAGGCACCUAGGUACCACUCAGAUUCUUAUUGA